AUGGCCACGAUUAAUAUUUUAGAUCCUGAAGUUCAUGAGGACACAGUGUCGCUCCCUAACAGUGGCUCAAGUCACCCAAUGCAAAGCCACCUCACCGGAACUUUAGCCGCAGUAAUUGUCGACCUCAUUCUCGACAUAUGCUAUAAGAAUUCAAGUGCAUUCAAAGUUUUGCUCUCUAUGAAUGAAUUUCCUAGUAUUUUAUCAGGAGUUUUGGAAUCAGCUACUCCUCCUAUAUCACAGGAAUCGGCGAGUGAAAGCUCAAUGAUUAUAUCUCCAUUCAAGACGGGACUUAUGGUCCCCAUCCUCAGUCUCCUAGAUGGCCUGCUCUACUUUGCCUUUACAAUGUCUUUGGGUGAUGACAUAUCUUAUUCUGACAAAAACACACCCUCUCCAAGUUUCCAUUUAUCCCCUGUGGAGGAGAUGAUGGACAAUAAUGACUCGAAAAAGACAUGCCAAAAUUACCAUGAAUAUCUCCGUUUGCGAGGUGUAAACGUGAAUGGACAGGGUUUCAAUGUGUUUCGGUCCUCCUUGGACGUUCUCGGUAUAUCAAGUGACGUCGAUAUCGUAAAUCUUCGCUUCCAUCUCUGGCUUCAGCGUGCAAUGGAAAUUAAAACAAAUAUACCUGACAUCAUAGCAGCAAUGAAUUCCGUGCAACUGAAAAGCUCUUGGCUUAACCUCGAGGGUCAGUCACUUCUCUCCUGGGCAAUCAAUUGUCACUACCCCUCUGCUAUGAUGGCUUUGGUCAAUCGUGGGUCGGAUGUUAACGCGGGACUCAUGAACACGCCCCUGCAUGUGGCUGCCUCCAAGGCUGACCGCACCACAUUGCUUUAUCUUCUAUCACUUGGUAACAGAUGCGCCGCGCAGGCCGUAAAUCCCCUUCUCCUUGAUUCGCAUGGCCGCCUGCCCAGGGAGUGCUGUAAACAAAAAGAUUUGGCUGUGUUAUUAAAGAGUUCUGAGGAAAAGUUCAAAUCACAAUUUAAAGUUCUUCGAGAAGGCACCAUUGGACGUCUUAUGGCUCUAACUCUUCCACUGCUUUUGAGGGUGCGACAAAUGCUUAUUAUUCACAGGGUUUAUUGUAGACUGCAGGCGAUUCGAUUGAUUACCAGAAUCUGUCGUUCCGCGACAGGAUAUGCGGUGGUGAAUCUCGCUUUGAUGGAAGAGAUUGGAGAUUCAGGGAAUGAAAGUAGCCAGAGUGCACUGCAAACUCAACUUCUCAAUGUCAUAACAUCGGGUCUCAAUCAAUUGCACUUACCGAAUAGCCUCUUUAGUGAAGCCUAUCCCAGUAAAUUACCACGUGACUUUCCGUAUCUUGCACAGGGAAGUCCAUCCGAGGUGUGUCAAAUUCUCUCAUUAAUUUUGGCGCUAAUCGGUCAAGACGGCAUGGUGGAGGGCUUUCGGCGACAUGGCGUGGCUGACUUUCUCGAAUGGAGAUUAAAGGCUGAAACUAUUCUCCAGGCGAGUUCAGAAAGUGAGACCGAAAAAGAGGGGAAGUGGAUCGAAUAUUUACCCGGUGAACUAACUGAACCAGAGGCAUACUUUGCUAACUGGCUACGUAAAUAUUAUGGUACCGAUAAUAUCGCUUUAUUUUCUCACAUCAAGUCAUCAAUACGAACAAAACCACAGUGUAUUUAUGAACUGAGUUGGGGUCAGCCUUACCAAUUCGGUGAUUGGACCAUUCUCCGCACUGGAAACUCCUCACUCGUAGUUCUGCAGGCGUAUGCCGCCUUGUGGAUUGAGGUCACGCCACGCCUAAACAUGGACCAUGUGACAACUCCAACCCUAGUGGUGACCCUAUUCACUCGUGCGGACACCAUCGUGACUGAUUCCCGUACAGUCGAACAGAAAAAAACUGAGUUUCCAAAGCGCGAAGGCCCGGGAAAGCUGGUGGCGAAAACGAUGAUUCUGUGUUCAAGCUCGGAGGGUGGUCAAAUAAGCGAUCCUGAAGGUAUGAAGUCUGUGAGGAUUUCCUGCAUCGCUGAAUUGAACUCUCUUUGGCCGAAAAUCGAGACUCACCUAAAGAAGAUUCGUUCCAGCACCUUGGGUAUCAUUCCAUUGCCCCUCAACGGUUCUCAUGUCAAACCAACUAAUUGUGAGGCCUUGCAAUGCGUUUGUGGUGCUGCACAACGACAACAACCAAAACGACCAGUUCUCACCGCUGCCUCCUCUGUUAAAGAAACUACAGCUGGUUCUGCAACAGUUGCCUCUCCAGGGAACGAGGAUACGACCGGUGUCACGCAGCCGGGAACAACGACUUCCUAUAUAUCUUGUGAGGACACACCCUCUAGACAAUUGCCGUCCGUUGUAAAUGCAUCUUUCUCCAAAUCAUCCUCAGCUUCUAUUAAUGACCCAUUUGUUGCUGAUUUAACCACGCCUGUCCUGGGUACGGCGAAAGCAGAGGAUAUUGAAUCCACCUGGACUCGUUCAGGCACCACAGAAAGUGACUUGAUCCCGGAGGGUUGCACUGGAAUAAACAACUUUGAAAGUACAUGUUGUCGGUUAACUGCUGGCCUCCUCUCAUUGAGUCUUAACAAAGCAGAACUUGUAUUUAGUCUGAAUAAAGCCUCAGGGGCAGAGAAGUAUUUGCGAGCAUUUGAAGCACAAGACGACGAAAGCCCCAUUUCAUGUGGCCACAUAGAAUGCAUGGGUGUUUUUGACCCUGACUUUUAUCAGCCUCCUACCGGAGACUGGAUUGAAAGGCCCAAGCAAUCCCACGUUCAACUGAAUGCUACCUUUAAUGCCGGAGAGUCGAAAAUUAUCAUUGCACCUCAUCGUGUGGGAGGUAUAAGAGUUUAUGGAAGUGACGGGAUUUUGAUAUACCAGACCAAUACGCUUGAACGAAGUUCCAAAUUACGGAGACUUCAUCCAAUUUUGGAUCCACUGAGCUUCUAUCAACGAAAGUACAUUCGAGCGUGUCACCAUACGUAUUACCUUCGACGACUCCGUGAAUGCCUAAUCCAAAGAGGCUUUGAGGUUCUCAAUGUUCUAAAGCCUUAUGCUAUCACAGAGCCCAGUAGCAGUAUGAUCGCCCUCAUGAAUGUCGCCAAAUCCUGUACAGUAAUUGCUGAUUCUGGAAACAAAUCGCAUGAAGAAUUGGAGGUGUCGUGGUGUCCCACCAUCCUCCAAUGUUUAGCUGCUGCCACGCCUUAUGAAAUAGUUUCCUCAGGAGUCGUUCCUGCUAUGUUAAAUUGUCUAAAGUUUGAACGAUAUCCAGUCACGUCUCCCAACCUUACUGGUCCAUAUGAACAGCUGGUGCAACGAUCAAUUCAAUUAAAACCGAAGUUACAAAGUAAUACGGAGACCCAGGCCUUACAAAUUGGUGGCAACUAUGCGUAUCAACGGAAGAUCGAUCUCUCAAGGUACCGCAUUUACGCGGCCCCUCUCGUCACUUUUGAUCAGCUUCGGAACUGGAUCGUUGAAAAAAUUAACACAGCCCCCUGGUACACCGAUGCUCUUGAGAAUAUGGAGUUCGUACACGAUCUCACCCAAACCUCUCACGGUAUCCUUCUUUUACCGCCGUCAGAAAACGCUGCCAGCCCCGAAGUGGAUGCCUCAGAAGUGAAGGCUUGUUUCGACACAUCUGCCUACCCUGGUGGUCUUUUCCAUUGGAUUAGCACAAAUGGAGGCCGGGAACCGAAAAAUCGCAUAAAUCCGACUUUAAUUAGAAAUCUUUUACGGAUCACUACGUCCGACGCCAAAAUGAACAAUCGCCCACUUCAUCUCAGCCGCCUGCUUUUCUCCACAGAAGAACCACUAGCGGAUAGGACUGAUGCUAUUUCCGGCAGCACAAUAACCGUUUCCACUUGCGGUCUUGCAGACGACAUCGUUCCACUCAUGAACCAGCCUUGGAUCUUUAUUGAUACGAAAGUUAUGUUGGAAGUUAGCCAUUAUGGGGUGAAGGUGCCCGUAUCAGCCAGUGUGUGGCCACAUCUACAACAUUGGCAGCUUCUUGUACGAUAUUUUCUCUAUAUAACAAAACCGUCCAGCGAAUCCCCAAAUUCCUAUUGGGGGUCUAAAGGAGAACGAAUAUGGGCUGUGAAUCCUCAAAAGAUUCCGUACCGCUUUUACCAAUUGGUUGGCCUUCGUAAUUUGGCAGUUCAACUUGAGGAAGGAUUUCUUUCGGAAAAUUCUCCUUCGGAACAAUGCGUGCGAGUUGAUAGCCCAGACAAUGAGCUCAGGCUGCAAACUGUAGAGUUCUAUGGCCUCUUGAAAAGUAUUUCCCUAAAUGAUGAGGCUGGUGUGAUUAAAAAGACGACGGCACAUUUGGCGAGAUUUAAACCAGGGGUCUUGGUGGUACCAAAUUUUCCCCACCACUCGGUUCAGUCUUUCUUGGAAAACUGGCCGACGACGUCUCAAGACGGAACAGAAGUUAAUUCCCGAUUGUCAACGCCAUCGCCACCACUGUUUUUAGGGUUGGUGUUGUCGCCUCUCGAGAACGGCCUUAUCACGGUGGCUUGGUUUGAACCGGUCUUUGUGGAAAAUCUGGCUGAGUGUUGUGCGUGCGUGGUCGUUCAUCAAUCACAUCAGAAGUUCUACGAGGAGUCCCGGCAACCCGAUCAGUUUAUUUUCGCCAGCCAAGUAAAAAAACACGCAAUGAGUGCUGACACACACUUUGAACUGGCUCUCCCUGAGCCCCAACACCCGGUACUGCGCAACUUUCUCGAAAAAGUACUAUCUGAAGACGAACUGCUCGAAGUGGUACUUGAUGAUAGUGAAAAGUCGCAAGCAACUCGUGGCUCUGUUACCGAAGUAUCAAGCCCAAUUUUGCUCUCCCUCCAUCAAAGUGAUAGCACAGCCUCAUCGCCCGUAGACAUGUUAAACAAAAAGGCCGCUGAAGCUAUACAAGCUCUACAACAACCUGCUCAGUCAAAAUGUUUUACACAAGCCUUCUUUGGACCGAUUAUUAUGUCCUCUCCCGGCGAAAUUUCUACUAGUCAGGAACUUCCUCUUAAGGCCUCGUGUUUUCUAACACAGGGUCUAUUGUCGUCUUUUACACACUUACCCGAUGUUGUAUCGGUGUGUGACGGGGUUAACUUAUCUCCGCCUCAUGAAGCCAAUUUUCUUUCAGCCCCACAAGGAAUAACAGUCGUAACUGACGGUGUCACCAACAUAGUUGCCUUAGAUGCGGUAAUACCAGGCUUUAUUCCACCUUUCGACACCAGAGCAGGAAGCCAAUCGCAACCAUCCACUACAGCAUUUGAUCCUGAAGGAAUUCAAUCCCAGAUGAAGGCAAAAGCAGACAAGGGAAAGCAAAAUAUCUGUCUGUGGCUUAGUCCAAAUGGUUCAGAUCUGAAUGUAGAUCAGCCUUGUGGAACAGGAGUAAUUCCUUCGGAGACCUUAAGGUAUUCAAACACAAAGCACGAUCAGUCCCUCUUCAAUUACUGGACGCGAGAAUUGUGUGUGGCUGAAGAGUUUCCAGGAUGUGGAAAGCCGAAACGGCCAUAUAGCCCAACUUCAGAUAAUUGGCAACGCGUUUACACUCUUAAUUAUGCACUUGAUGUCAAUGAGCCUAGUAUUUCAAACGAACGAUUGCACUGGGAUGACAAAGAGUCAAAUCUCUAUGCUGCCUUAGAAAACAUUCCUUUCUUCCUCUCGGUAAGUCUAACUGCCAUUCAUUUCCUACUAACGACGGCCUCAAGCUUCUUAGCACUUAUCCUCUGCAUUAAAUUUACGGAUCACAUACUCUACAUAGACCUUCUGCGUAUCCUCCAUAGCAUUGCCUAUACAAGUGAUUCGGACAAACUGGCAAUGCAUUCUUUUGCCGAGGGAACCUUCUCAAAGCCCCUUCCUUGUCCCAAGGAAGUCUUUUUCUCUGUGCGUCUAAUGAACAAGGUUCAGACUUUCAUAACCAACCCGUGGUCCCUGAUUCAAGCUGCGGGAAAGUCAAUCACGGAGAAUGAAGACAGCUUGACAGGCGGCAGUAAGACUGACAUGAUCACCUGGUGCCUUAAACUUAUGAAACAGGCCGACUUCUUCUUUCCAUUCCCCACGCGAAUCGAUUUUUGGAGGGCCACUAGUCUCGGAGUCAGCAGGUCCGUUGUUUGGCUUCAACAACGGCAACAGGCAGGAGUCAAUUCCUCAGUGUUUGGCACCACCGGCAGUGGGAGUGUAGCUCGAGUCUUGCCCUUCCGAUACGCUGGUGGUGGGAUGGGUUCUCACAUGAAUGCAAAACCUCGGUUCUCAGCUUCUGACUUUGGCUACUUGUGGGGACAAUCGAGUCUUCUCAAUUUGGGGGCACAAUCGGAGCCUAACUCCGACACCAUUGUUAACUCGACUAACGUCAGAGACCCUAAGGAGAAAUUAAAGUCCUCUUUUAGAACAAAUAAUUUGGGGGCAUCUCUUAAUCAACCAACGGGGCACAUCAACAGUUUUCCCUAUUUCACACAAUCUCCACUGCAAGUGGGUGCAACCAUCCCAAUGGCCCCUAUAACCUCAUCUUUCUACAAUUACUCAAGUAACCUGGGUGCUCUGGGACGUCUGCAACGCGAAGUUGCCAAGGUGCCCCGACCUACAGCCAGUACCAGCAGCAAGUCGGCCUUCUGGACAACUACACGGGAUUUUCUUAUUGCGCACGCAUCGAGGAAACAGGAAUUGGAAGUUGGCUUCAUAGACGAGGAGGGUACUGGUCUGGGCCCCACUAUGGAAUUUUAUGCUUUGCUUUCGGCAGAAUUUAUGCGUAGUUGUCAUGGCCUAUGGGUUGCUGACUACAGCCAGAGAGAAGAGACCAUUUCGAAACUAAAGGAACCCGAAAUCGAUGUUGUCUCGGAAAAUGAAACACCCUUUGACGAUCCGGAGGAAGCGGUAGGACGAUGCGAAACGUCCUGCUUUCUCGACGAGACAAGCGUCACGGAUAGGAGGGAUGGGCUGCCUCAUCAUCGAUCAGGUGACGCCACGUACCUUUCCCCCAAGAACGGACUCUUCCCGUCUGCGUGGCCUGCGAACGAGAUGCCUAAUGGCACUGAAGAGAAGUUUCGUCUACUUGGGAUCGCUUUGGCAAAGUGUCUCCAGGUAUUAACCUCGUUCCACGUUGCAACAAUGCUAUUUCUCACAAAGGAUCAGCGUCGAAUGGACCUCCCACUUUCCUUCAGCUUCUUGCGACUAUUAACCAGCCGUGAGAAAGUCUGCGAACACGACCGAAUUCCGAGGUUGAGAAGUUUCCGGGAAAUCUAUCCAGAGAAGGGCGACUUCUUUUUGCGUUGUCUCGAGUACUUGGAAAUCGCAAACAGUAGUGCGCUCUCUCCAAAGGACCGGCAAGAGCUGGAAGUCAAAACAUUCUCUGCAAGACUCGAGGACCUGUGUCUCACGAUGGAGUUUCCCGCAGUUACCACUAGUUUUGGCCACACUUCCUUUCGAUUGGACGAUUCUUACGAUUGGGAAACCCCUGAACCUCCCAUUCUACCUAAGGCGAAUGUAACGGAUGGACAAAUUGUGAAUUUUGAGAACUUGGAGCUGUAUAUCCGACGCUCGGUGGAUUUUGCAAUGAAUAAAGGCAUAAAAAGGCAACUUGAGGCAUUUACGGGUAAAGUUGUGCCAUUGAAAAUUACUGCCUUUCCGUGGGAUCCCUUAUCUCUGAAACAACCUAGUUCUUUUUAUGUUUCAGAUGGGUUUAACUCAGUUUUUCCAAUAGAAACCCUAUCGAUCUUCACCCCAAACGAAUUGGAUAGGUUAAUUAUGGGAGAAGACACAUCACUAUCUCCAUGGAAGUUUGAUGAGCUGCUGGAUGCUUUCGAGCCCGUCGCCGGCUACGUGCGACAAUCACUGGGCUUCCACAUGCUUUUGCAUGUUCUUUCCAAAUUUACUGGGUCUGAGCGGAAGGCCUUCGUCAGAUUUGUCACUGGAUCCCCCAACCUUCCCCCUGGGGGCUUCAGAAACCUUUACCCCAGGUUGAAAGUAGCGAAGAAAGACGCUCGACUUUUUGGACCUUACCCGAGCGUAAACACCUGCAUGCAUUACCUCAAACUGCCGGAAUACGAAUCGGAAGAACAACUAAAGGAGAAACUUCUCGCUGCAACUAACCAGUCAGGCUUCUAUCUGAAUUAA